AUGGCUGAAUCCGCAUCCAAGCGCCUCAAGACCUCCGGUCCUCUGAUCGGCACCCACAGCGGCCACUUCCACGCCGACGAGGCCCUCGCCGUCCACAUGCUCCGCCUGCUCCCCGCCUACGCCGACUCCGGCCUCGUCCGCACCCGCGACCCGGCCGUGCUCGAGACCUGCCACACCGUCGUCGACGUCGGCGGCGAGUAUGACGCCGACCGCCGCCGCUUCGACCACCACCAGCGUGGCUUCGCCGCCAACUUCCCCGGCCGCCCGACCAAGCUGUCCAGCGCGGGGCUCGUCUUCCUGCACUACGGCCGCGCCAUCGUCGCCCAGCGCCUGGGACAGGCUGAGGAUGCGCCCGACGUCGAUCUGCUAUACCGCCGCCUGUACGAGAAUUUCGUCGAGGCGCUGGACGCCCACGACAAUGGCAUCUCCGUCUACGACCCCAAGGCCAUCGCUGCGGCGGGGCUCGAGAAGAACUACAGUGAGGGCGGCUUCGGCCUGGGCGCCAUUGUCGGCCGUCUGAACCCCAAGUGGAACGACACUGUCCCCGCCGACCGCGCCGAGGCUCAGGCUGCUGAGGACGCCAGGUUCCUCCAGGCCAGCCGCCGCAUCGGUGAGGAGUUUGACGCCGAGCUCGAAAACUACGCCGGCGCCUGGCUCCCGGCGCGAUCCAUCGUCCAGGACGCCUUCGCAAAGCGCUCCCAGUACGACGAGCAGGGCCGCAUCCUGGUGCUCGAGGGUCAGUCCGUGCCGUGGAAGGACCACCUGUACGCGCUCGAGGACGGCACGCCUUCCGUGCUGUACGUGCUGUAUCCCGAGAACCCCCAGCCCGGUGCCAAGUGGCGCAUCCAGUGUGUGCCCGAGAGCAAGGACUCGUUCGUCAGCCGCAAGCCCCUGCCGGAGGCUUGGAGGGGCUUCCGGGAUGAGGAGUUGGACGGCAUCAGCUCCAUCCCUGGCUGCGUCUUCGUUCACGCCGCUGGCUUCAUUGGUGGUAACAAAACGUUUGAAGGCGCCAAGGAGAUGGCCACCAAGGCCCUAGCUUAG